GGACACAAAAUGGUUGUCUGGUUACAACUUAGCGUAUUUAGACAAAUGGCGUCGAUCACUAAAAUUCGAUGAUGAGUUUGCAAACAAAUGAACUGUCUUGGAAUUAGAAUCUCUUUUUGAAUAAAUUUUACAAAAGAAGGUUUUUACAUUUUUCUUGAAAUAUGUAUGAUUAACAAAUUACAAUUGAAAAUAAUAACUAUCGACUAUCAUUCAUUGAAAUCAAUCAUUAUAAAACUAUAUUAUAUUAAUAUUAUUAAUUAUAAAUUAUAUUAUUAAUGAAUUUUAAUCGCGGAGUAUAAGAACCGGCAGCCUAAAACUAAUCACGGGUUUACACUAAUUUUAAAUGUGAUUGUUAGUCAAAACUAGAAUAAAAUGAGUGAUGGAAUGAUCAUCAAUGCGGAUGCAGUAGUCUAGAGCGUAGAGACUGACAGUAUUAAUUAAUAAUAAUUAUAAUUAGUGGUCUUUUAUAGCGCAGUCUAGGGCUGGCCUCACCGUGCUGUACAUAAAAAUAUGGUAAAUUUUAAGGACGAAUGCCACAUUUUUAUCAAAUUUCACGAAUGUAUCCCUAAAUCGAUCCCUAUGCCUAACCCUAACCCUAAAUCGAUCCCUAUGCCUAACCUGAACCCUAAAUCGAUCCCUCAACCUAACCUAAACCCUAAUUCACUGCAACUAUAAUAAACACACAAAAGACGCCGUGGCAUCCCUCCUUAAUAUCAGCCAAAAAUAUUAUCAAAGGAGACAUAAUCAGGACAUUAAAAUCAAAUACAAUUGUGAAAUAAAGAACAGCAUGAACCCCAAGACUUUAACAAGGCAAACCAUGGACGGCAGCCAACAAGAUCAUUUAUUGGUCAGAGGAGGGGAAUCAGUCAGGGUAGUAUAGUAUAAAGAGAUGAGUUUUGAGUGCAGUUUUGAAGGUUUGGGUGGUUGGUAUAUUGCGGAUGUGUAGUGGCAAAGAAUUCCAUUGUUUAAGGGCGCAGAAAGAGAAAGAUCGUUCACCAUAUGUUUUAGUGUGUGUCUUGGGAUUGGACAGAAUACGUGUGUCUGCUGAGGAGCGAAGCUGUCGAAGGGGUGAAUAGACAGAAAGAAGUUCCGUUAGAUAGGAAGGGCAGGAAUCUGAUAAAAAGGCCUACUAAUUAUUAAAGUUAAAGCUUCUUGAAUUUUAUGAAUGAAUCUAAAUCUAGGACCUAGCACUUACUGAGUCAUGAUUUCAAAUUUCAGAGCUGUCAGGCAAUGUAAGGGGCAAGUCUUUAGGCCUAGUUUUGUUUUUUGAAUAAGAAAGACUCGCACCAAGCCUAAUGCAACCUAUGCUACUACCUGCCUAUUAUAUUACUAAAUACGUCACAUUGGGACAUGGUGUCGGUGGGCUGUCGAGCUCUUAAUGCCCCCCAGCACACCUCAUGGACCAUUAACCGGGUGUCCCCGUCACCAGACUAUGUGGUGGCACAUCGGGAACCUCCUCCCUGGCCUGGGGGAUGUCCGAUCACCAAAAAUGUGGCGUUUAAAGCAUUCGCAGUCCACUCUCCCUAAGGGUCUUGGAGGGUUUGCUUUGACUCCGGAGGAAAGGGAAGUUUUCUAUGCUGGCACAAAACGGUUGCCUCAGAGCAGCUUCUCAGGGCUGCGUAGCUAAAAUCAUCCGCACCCAAGCCUCAUAUCCUUCAACGGCAACAAGUAAUCAUGUUACGUUUCUACUCACGUUGUGUUAGGAGUCAUGCCAUCGGCCCGACGUUUUUUGCUUCGGGAGAACAGUACCUCCCUACUAGUCUGACACCCAUGAAGAGGCAAAUGCCAUGUGGAUGCCCCCUCCCCCCAAGUUUUCUGGGUAUCGUGUUCCUCUCGGAACCAGACUGUAUUACUACAUUGACUAACUAUACUAUAGACUAUAGUUUAGACUUUAGACUAGUCCACUAGUCCUUCAACUCACUCAUUCAUAAUGAUAAAUCACUAGCUCACUAAACUCAGUUAUUUAAUUCAUAGUUAUGGCAUAAUUUCUCAGGCUCAAGUACAAAAAAAAAUUCAACAUUGUCAGUUGUAGGUGUAGUUAAUUUUUUCAUGUUGCUGGAGAAAGGAACAAAUGUUUUUUUAAUUAACACACAGUAACUGAGUAACCAAGUAAAUUGUUGGCAUGUCGGACUCAGAGGAUGAAGCACCUGAUAAACAAUUAAAGUUGAUUGUAAUGGGAGAUGGAGCUUCAGGAAAGGUGAGUUGUUAAUUAAGUAAUGUAGACUAUAUUUAACACAUUUGUUUUAUAAAUGAUGCCACGAUUAGGUCUUGAUUUAAAUUGAAAAUAUUCCUCAAAUCUCAGUUGAUGUAAAUUAACGGUAGACCUAAUCUUGUAAUCUAGAGUCUUAGUCAUAAAUUUUAUGCAAAUGAAGAAAACCGUAGUGUCAUUGUUAUAUUUUCUUUAUUUAUUAAAAUAUUUAUUUUGUUGCUAAGAUUCCGUCUUGACAUCAGUUUGAGGUAAAAAAACAAUAAUUAUUCUUUACGAACUUUAAUAGAUCAAUAAAUUAAGUUAUAAAGACUUUUUUUUGUCAGUAUAAGUAUAAAGAGACUAAUUAGGUUUACUUAUAGAGCUCUUCUAUCUUUGAAAAUUCCUCUUGAUUAAAGUAUUGACAUUUGCGGUAAAUAUGUACUAUUCAUGCUACUUAUUUCCCCAUGUUUUUGGACUGCUUUUUUUUUUUUUUUUCUUUUUUUUUUUUUUUUUCUUAUAUCCAUGGCCACCAUCUUUGUUGCCAUGAUGUCAUGGCAACAAAGAUUGCAUCUGUGUAAAAAAAAAAAAAGAAAAAGAGUAAAGCAAAAAUUCGUCUGCUAAAAUAGGGAGAGAAAAGGGAGAGAAUGUGUUGUUUUAGAUACUUAGAGAGGCAAAAGAAGAUAGGGCAAAUAAUGAGCAUAGAUAAUUUUUUUUAAUGAAAAAUGAUUUAAAAUAGUUGUAUUUUUAAAAAUUGCAUAAAAAGGAUAAUAUUUGGAAAAAGUGAACAAUUUCAAAGAAAAAAUAUCAUGCAAAUUUAAUGGCAUAUUUUUUUGAGAAAAACCUGCAAACCUAAAAUCGAUAAUUUGACCUAACCUGAAUGCUAAAUGUCCUGAGAAAGAAAAUCAGUAUCCCUAACUCAAGUGUAAUCUUCAAAACUAAACAAAGCCCCCCUUACUAGGGCGUAAAUCUUCAAACCUAAAAUCUAUGACCUUACGUGUACCCUAAAACCACGUGUUCAUGUGCUACAGCUACAGUUACACACUUUACUGAGAAAAUCAUAAAUUUGAGCAUAAAGAUUAAAAUCAUUAAAAAAAUAUUCAUUAUAAUUAUCCCUCGUUUAUCAUGGCUAAUCAGUUUCAGACUCUACUGUGAUACUGAAUUUCUGUGAAGUGUGACUCUUUUUUUUAAUAAAUAAAAUAUUUUUGUAGUUAGAGCAUAGAAAAGCUGUCGCUGUUCACAACCCUCUAAAUACGGUUUUUAACAUUAUUAGAUCCUCUGUGGGGCUUGAAUACAUAGGCCCACAGUUCAUACGUACAGUAAUUUUAAUUGUAAUUCAAGGGUAUAUGAAGUAUAUCAUUUUCACUAUCUCAAUCAACUUUUUAAUGAAUACAUGUUAUGUUUGAAAAAAAACAUGUUAGAGUGAAGUUGCGAAAGUCAAAGAUUGAAAUGGCAAGGGACAACUGUAAUGAAAACACAAUAAAAUGCGUAAAGCAGAGUAGGGUUAAACCUGAAAAAAUAAACGCAACAAAACAGCGAACGUGUCGGCAGAAAGCCUUCGUCAGCGAACAAAACAACAGAAAAAACGGUAUAAAAAUAAAAUUAAAAAUAAGAAAUAGCACUUAGCUGGUAAGUAGAUUCUGAGGGCAGCAUUUCUAUUUCUAUUUUACUCAUCUUAUUUUGUUCUAACCUGAUUGCAGUCUUUCCCCUUAUUACCCCAAACACAACUUACAGUUUCUUUGAAUACACUUUUUCACACUUUAUUACAGGUUCCACUGAAAAUAAAAUCCAAAAGAUGUCGUCAGAAAAUUCAAAAUGCAUUUUUCUUAUUAAUCAGACAAAAUAUCGUCGUUAUGAAUUAUUAAUGUUAAAACAGACAUUGAUCAAAAACUUUCCAUUGGCAUAUUAAUAUGAAGAAAGAGAAUAGUUAACUCUAGUCACAAUGAGCGACUAAACAAAGGGGAGAGAAUACUACAAAGAAACUCAGUGUGGCGCGAAAAGCUUAUAUUGACCACAACUGGCAGAAAAUUAUUUGUAUUAAAAUUCAUUUUUAAGAGUUUUUUGGAAAUAAUAAUAGGAUAACACUGACAUUUUUAGUUUCUACCUGAUGUGUUUUAUAGUCAUUCAAGAAGGAACGAAUUAUUAGUUACAAAUGCAUAAAUAGGACUAAGGGCGAUGGACAUUCAUUUUUAAACUUAAAAUGCAAGAUUACAACAUGUAAAUUCUCAGUAAUACUUUUCAUUCUCAUCAAAGAACACCCACAGUCAGAAUCAGCACCAAAAUAAUAAUUGAAAUGGUCUCGAUUGAUUUUGAGGGAUGAACUAAUCACCCAAUCUGGUUGUGGUAUAUUUUAAAAUAAAAUUGAUGCUUAGUAACAUGUUACUAAUGAAAUAAAAUAAUUUCAUGGGAAAAAAAUACUAAAAUAUAUUCGCAACUAUUUCAGUAUUAAUUUGAACCAUAUGCUGGGAUAAAUUCCUUCAGAACACAGAAUUUGUUGUCCAAGGCAAUGCCCAAGAGGGUCCAAAUUGAAGAUUUUAUUAUAAUGUAAUGUGUUAAGCUAAUGUAAAUUUAAAGGUAUUUCUUCUAAACAUCAUUAAUUUGUUGUUUUUUUUUUUCAAAUAUCCUAAUGACUUUAUGAUUAUUUAUAUGUGCUUUACUUCCCAGACGUCAUUGUGCAUGAGAUAUUCUCAAGAACAAUUUUCCAAAGAUUAUGGCCAGACUGUGGGAUUAGAUUUUUAUCUGAAAAGAAUCAAUCUGCAAGGUAUAAAUUUAGUUGAUUUUGUUUGGAAAAUAUUGAUCUUGAAUGUCUUUUUCCUAAUCUUCCUAAACUAUUUGUGGCGGCAACUUAGAUGGUAUAUGAUGUUUGACACAGAAUAACUAACUUAACUUGCAAAAUAAUUUUCUCAUACACAGGAAACACAAAUGUAGCUUUGCAAGUCUGGGAUAUUGGUGGACAAACUCUAGGAGGAACCAUGUUGGAUAAUUACAUAUUUGGAGCUCAUGUAAGUCUAUUAUCCCACAUGUAUAUUAACUAAUUCUUGGAAAAUAUAUUAUUGAAAAGAUUUUUUUUGUAAAAUUAAAGAUUUCCUUUGUAAAGUAAACACAAAUAUGUAACGCUAUUAUUAACAUGCUUACAUGUAAGAAUUGGGAAUGGGCCGAUUCACCUCCGCCAUUUUGCUGCGUGUCAUUUCCCCACCAGGCUAUUUUACCUACAGCCCUUUUUCCAAAGGCCCUUUUGCAGACAAGCUAUAGACAUUAUUUAAAUUUGUAAGUGACAACAUAAAUUAAGAGUGGUUAAAACCAUGGGCGUCCGCAGGUAGGGGCAAGGGGGGCACUUGCCCCCCCCCCGGAUUGAUUGGAUAAAAAAAUUUUGAGACAAAAAUAGACCAAAAAUGUAUUAAAGUAAAGAGAAAAUAAAGAAAAAGUACUAAGCUGAUGUCCUGUCCGUUCGUUCACCAUACAAAUGCGCUACAGUAAAUUAAAACUAUAUUAAAACAUUACUAAAAAAUUUUUGACCCCCCUGGAAAGUUAAUCGAUUUUUUUGCCCCCCCUAGAAAGUUUUCUGCGGGCGCCCAUGGUUAAAACCAUGUUGAAUAUUCAAGAAUGCAAAACUGCCCAUCUGCACAAGGGUCCUUAGGCCUUACAGCGGUGGGGAACUGCCAUAGAUUCUUAGAAUUAAUAUCUUUCCUUUUCAUCAACAGGGAGUAUUGCUUGUUUACGACGUGACUAGUUUUUCAAGCUUUGAGAACUUAGAAGAUUGGUUUAAUGCUGUCAAGAAAGUUUGUGGAUCAGGACCCAUGCCACACAUGGCUCUCAUUGGAAAUAAAAGUAAUCUGUUCUUACUCUUCAUUUAUUGAGCUCAGAAUAACCUAUGUUUUUCAUGCCAUUGUGUAUUUAUUCACUUAAAAAAGCCGCCUGAGAGAAAUUUGCACACUCUCUUUUAAAGAUGUUAAUUGAUAAAAUCGUUUAUUAAUAAGAAAUAUAUCCAAAUUUUUAUUUCACCCAAUAGAUUCAGUAGACCUGAAAUAUUGUACUUUUUAGUUUAACACACAGUGGCUUACCUUCAUUUAAUGUCCCCAGGCCAAACUCCAAAAAUUGAAAACUUCCCACACAAAAGAUAAGAUUCUUUUAUUGAUCCAACUAAAUGGCAAUGUACAUGAUAGUCUUUGUCUGAGAUUUUUUUUUUAACUUGGUAUGUAGGUAGGUGUUAUGUGAACCACUGUGUGGUUAGAUUCUAGAUGGGAAAAUAAACUAUGAGAUGUGUUGGCUAUUUUAUCCCCCCCCCCCUCUCUAUAAGCCACUUUUAACACAUAAGUAUAUGCUUUGAAAGCCACAUCAAGGUACAUCCAAUGCUACUGUUUAGCCCUGGUUUGGUUGCCCAUAGUAAAUCACUAUGAUUUAUAACUAUUCAAAUCUCAAGAAGCAUCUCAUUGUUUGAAUUUGAAAAGAUGCAAGAUUGCCAUUGCGCCUUUCAAUCCUUGUGCGCUCUAGCCUUAACCUUUCCUAAUUUUUCUACCACCAUACCAUAUUUUACAAGACUGCCUCCCUCCUUACACAAUUUAUAGAUGUUGCUGAUGUUGUUAAGAUUUUUAACAGAUGAAAAAAAAAUUGUGCACAUUUUGUUGCCUAUAAAAGAAAGCAUUAUUCAAAGAACAUCAAAAAGUUAUUGAUAAAGAAAUUUCUAAUUUUUUAUUUCUUUAUAAAUUGAUUUUUUUAAGGUGACCUUGAGCACUUGCGGACAAUAAAACAAGACAAGCAUCAGAAGUUUGCCCAGGACCACAACAUGAGCAACUAUUAUGUGUCUGCCAAAACAGGAGAAUCAGUGAGUCAAGUUUUAAGUUUACAGGUUUUUAGACUUUGAAUUAUAUUUUUAUUUUAUUUUUUAAAUUAUAUGAGAACAGGUUCCUUGAAAAGUUCCCCAGCCACCUGUAACAUUUUAUUUAUUUAUGAUAUGAUUAGGAUAGGUCUGAUGUGGCGUAGAAUCUGUGGUGAUAUGAUUAGGAUAGUCCAAUCUGGCCUGGAAUCUGUGAUGAUUAAUAUGAUUAGGAUAGUCUGAUCUGGCCUACAAAAAUCUGGUUCAACUUCAACUUAAUGAAUGAGCAAUUCUCAAUUAAUUUAUUCGAAUAAUAUUUUUUGUUAGUGCUUACCACAUGAAACUUCACUUUUUCCAUUCAGGUAGCCUUGUGUUUCCAGAAAAUAGCGGCUGAUAUCUUGCAGGUAAAAUUGAGUAAACCAGAGGUUGACCAGCACCAAAGAGUGGUCAAGGCAGAGAUUAUUGAUUACAACAACUCGUAUGGAUCAACAACAAGGAAAUCACCAGCCAGACAGCAGGCCAAGAGUUCCCUGUGUAACAUCACAUGACUUGCAUCUGUACAUAGCCAGCAUUGUUGUAACCAGUAUGUUUUGUUUUGUUUAAUCUGAUGGUGUAAUUACAAGCUUGUGAACAGACUUACAGAAGCCUUUGGCUUAAGCCCAAAAUAAUAGCAUUGCAGUAUUCCAGAUGUAACUUUAAAAACAUAAUGAUUUUUAAACAAACAUUAAAGAUAACUUCUAAAGAUCUUCAGUGGUUAAAAGAAAAUACUGUUUGGCAACACUUCUUGUCUAAUCUUUAAGUGAACAGCAUAUGUUUUUGAUUUCUUUUCAAUUUCUUUGAAAAUGUUAUCUUUAUUUUAUUUAUUGAAAUGAUAUUAUUAAGAAGGAUUGGUUUACAUUGAAUGUCUCUUUAUUGGUGUGCAUCCAAGUGAACAAUCUAUCUUGCCCCAAUUUUAAUGUCUCUUUAUUGGUGUGCAUCCAAAUGAACAAUCUAUCUUGCCCCAAUUUUAAUGUCUCUUUAUUGGUGUGCAUCCAAGUGAACAAUCUAUCUUGCCCCAAUUUUAAUGUCUCUUUAUUGGUGUGCAUCCAAAUGAACAAUCUAUCUUGCCCCAAUUUUAAUGUCUCUUUAUUGGUGUGCAUCCAAAUGAACAAUCUAUCUUGCCCCAAUUUUAAUGUCUCUUUAUUGGUGUGCAUCCAAGUAAACACUAUCUUGUCACAAUGUUUUAUAUAAACAGCAGAUAAAGAGAAAGAAGAUUUAAUUUUUGUUAAAGAAGCUCUGAUAAUGAUAAUGUAAUGUAAAUAAAAGCUGCCCCUUUGUCAAAUCUGUCUGGAUUCCCUAAGACAGUGACCGGCAAUAGAUGGUAGGACAUGUGCUGCAAUUGUUAGUUACACAGGAAACAUUGUCUUUCUCUAUAGUACACCGGGCAAACUUGACUUAACAUUACAUUGUAGCUAGCACGUGCUAGAAAUUAGGAAUAUAUAAAGCUAACAAGGGGAGACAAGCUACUGCAUAAUUCAGCACUGCCGAAAGUCAACAGAUAAUAUAAGGCAUUUGGUUUUGGGGGCAUGGGGGUCUAGCGGCAGUUAUCCUUGGAUGAAAUUGAUCCUGUCAGAGACCAGCUGGAGAGUACUUCCCCCUUGGAGAGCACUUGACCUUUGGAGAGCAAGUUUUUGCGGCCUGAUGUUCAUAAAUAAUUCUAAUGACUUAUCUUCUUGCUAUUGAUUUCGAUCAAACAUGGCUGUUUUCAUAUGUGUUCAUAUUUUGGUUAUGAGCUUUUGGAAACAUGCAUUGUAGAGAAGUGGUUUUGUAAAAGGCACCAGAUGAUUUAUAAAGAGAGUUAGCCGCAGUAAAGGAGUUGAUGGUUAGGAUAUGAGGAGAGUUACAACAUACACAUAUUAGCUGCAAUGAAGGAGUUGAUGGUUAGGAUAUGAGGAGAGUUACAAUAUACACAUAUUAGCCGCAAUGAAGGAGUUGAUAGUUCGGAUGACCUGAAUGGUGCCAAAUGAUUUAUCUUUAGAAAAAAAUAAUGACAUUAUUACAACACUUGCACUCGGGGAAAAAUGGAAAUAAAUGGAAGACUAGGGAUGAUGUUGUUCCUAGAUGAUGAAAACGUCAAUCACCAGAGGUGCUGAGUGACAGUAACUAGAGCUGUUGGGUUUUAUCAUAUAAUCCAGAGCAGAUAAAGUUUGUUUUUAUUACAGGAAGUUUAAAUAUGUAUAUUUCCCUGAUAGUUUUAGUUAUUUUUUACUAUAACUGUUUAUUUUAGGGCACACACCUGGAUGAGACACUAUAACAUGGAAUUAGGGAAAUUCUUCUUGAUAUUUACAAACAAAAUUGUUUAACUCUGUUAAAAAAAAAAGAAAUAUUUGCAUCAAACUCAAACUGUUAUUUCUUAAAGAUUUUUAUCCCCAUUAAUUUACAAACAAAGGGUUAUCUUUCAGACCUUGUGUUGUCACCUUUUCUACAAAGUGGCUUUUAUAAAAAGAGAAUUAGAUUAAUAGUCAUACAAUAGAAAAAAAAAACCAAGAUAUGGUACAAUUAAAGCUCUAUGCGGGAUGGAAGAAAAAAAGAAAUUGUGUCUGCGUAAUGUCACCAUCAGUUGAGGUGGGAAAAGGCAAUAAUAAAAAGCCACUUUGUUUAGCAAAUGUGCACUCUGUGGUUUCCCAGUCAAUAAAGGACAUCAUGAAUUCAUCCGCAAGCCGUGUGGUUAGGAGCUCUCCACAUUUUUGUUAUUAUAACCAGUCAGACAUCCCUAAUGCAGUGUUAUACAAUAUGACAAUAUUGAUUGAUCUGCAGCAGUGCGAGAUUCAAAACGAAUGGUUUAUUUAAGAAGAAACGCUUUUCUCCAAAAAAAAAUUAUGGCAAUUAUUGUUUGAAAAAAAAAAAAAAGUUUUAUCCUCGGGGCGUGAGACUUUCUAUAACAAUGCUACAUUAAAAAGGAAUUAAAGGGGGAAACUAGUUUGUUAACUCAGCCAAGGGAAUAUUCUGUCAGCAUUAAUAAUGUAUUUCUUUCUGUGUUGUCUUGUAAUUAUACAGCAUUUUAAUGUUUCAUUUUUUACUUUAAUUAUUGUUGCACAUUAUUCAGCCAGAAAGGGUAAAGAAAAGAUUCUGGCUGUUAUUUUUGUUUCUAAAAUGCAAAAUUGUUAUGGAUUGUUAUAGUUUAUUUAUUGAUUUCAUGUGUGAAUAUUUAUAACACAUGUUUUUGAUUUCCUUAUUUAAAUUGUAAUCUUUAUGGUUGCUUGUUAUUACAUAGCUUUUAUUUAAUAGUAGCACUGCCUAACAUCAUGAUGGUACCAUUACCACAGACUAAACUCAAUGAUGGUACUGCUGACUAAAUCAAUGAUGGUACCACUGUCUGAUAUCAAUGAUGGUACCACUGUCUGAUAUCAAUGAUGGUACCACUGACUAAAUCAAUGAUGGUACCGCUGGCUAAAUUCAAUGAUGGAAUCACUGUCUGAUAUCAAUGAUGGUAUCACUGUGUAACUUCAAUGAUGUCACCACUAACAUCAAUGAUGGUACCACUGACCAACAUGCUGAUGGUGCAGCCUAUCAUCUUAAAGUAAAGAGAGGAUUAUUUCAAUAGUGGUAUUUUUGACAUCUGCUUCCUACUGUUGCAUCACUGACAAAUUUCUACUGACAUGUUAUCUCUCAGAAGCUGUCAUUAAAUAUCAUGUCUGUGAUGGUUUUAAUCCUCCCCUUUGAUGAGAUUAUUAGCAAAUCUCAUCUUGUCAUCAUGAUAUUGAAAUGACAUCUCUUUCAUUUAAUUCUUCUAAACAUUUAAUUGAUGGAAAUUUUGGUCAGCAGCUGACCCUGUCCAACACAUUGGUCAGCAACUGACCCUGUCCAACACAAUGGUCACCAACUGACCCUGUCCAACACAUUGGUCAGCACCUGGCACUGUCCAACACAUUGGUCACCAACUUACCCUGUCCUGAAAUGAUCACAUGCAUCAAAUCGUGACAUCACUAAUUCAAUUUCAGUUCUUUGACAUGUACAACUUACAAACAUGGCAUGGGAAUGUCAUCUAGUGUAUGACGUCACUGACUCAUGUUGCAACAUUUAAUGUUUACCUUGGCAUACACUAUACUCACUCUAAAUAUAUGACAAAGGUCAGAAUCGUCCUUGCUGUAAUUCUUAGCUCCACUUGUGUGUUGAAUUGUGAUGUAAAUACAUUUAAUACAUUCUAUACUCCAC